GCCCGCGGCGCAGGUUGCAUCGCCUUCUCUUCUUGCGGCUCACCGAUAGUGCAUACCGGUGCGUCGGAUAGGACGUCGUCGCGCGGCACCGCCGGUGACACCGCGUGUCUGGUACAUACGCGGCCGUUCGAUAUCUUCUCCGGGGCAUCAACUCACUAAACUUGGAAGUAACUAUUAUGGGAUGUUUGAGCGGCGGCUAAAUGGGGGCCGAUGGACAUUUUCGCGUGACUUUGUCCCUCAAGAAGGAACCAGGUGCCGGUCCAGUCUUCUGCAAGAUGGAGACGUCCGCCAGGUUCCGGCAGCUGAAGACGGUGAAGCUGAGCUGCGACACGACCUACCGGCUCGAUAUUAGCUUCAAGCCGCCGCAACUGCUGCAGUUCCUGAGUAUCGGUGGCAAACAGGUAGAGACGGUUGAACGAGCAAGGAACACAGCGGCGUGUGCUUACAGCGCUUAUCACAGCACUAAAGAUAUCCCGGCGAGUUCACGUGGUCAUCGGGAGGAUCUGCCGAUCGCCAUGAGAGUCCUCGGCUCCGGCUACCUGACCACCUGUCUGCAGAUCAAAUACUACCGGUUGGAUGAUCAGAGCCACUGCGAGUGGGGUGCUAGAUUGCACUGCAUCGAGCUUGAUUGUUCCAGCGUUGAGGGACGUCUGGUCACGGUGGAUCGGGAGACGUACAGAAAACUCGGCAUAGAAUCUUAACAAAACGUCAUCAGCCUCACCGAUGUCGGCUCGUUGCCAGUUCAUUACAGCGAGAAACCCGACGCCGCGCCGCGUAGUGUCACAAUCGAUGCCUCUCGCACGCGAUUAUCGGCUGAAUACUUUAUGCCCGUAAAUGAUAAAUACAGGUUGUAUCAAGGCUUAUGUUCUGAUGAAUUAAGGCUAAGUACUUUUGUCUAGAAAACUUCAAAAUAAGCAUAAAGAUAGAAACGAUAAUACCAACGAGUGUAAUUUGACGAUUUUUAAUUUGAAAAAAUUACAAUACAUAAUUUUUUUAUUAAUGUAAAGAACAGAAGCCUAAAAAUUCUGCCUCUAUUUAAUUAUAGAUAUAAAUAUGACCCUAAUAUUUCGAAAAUUGGCCCUAGGAUGAACUUAAUAAAAUUAACCGCCAGGUUACUCUAAAUUGAGAGAGGCUUUAGUAUUUUCAAUUCAGUACGAUAAAUAUAAAUUGUGUCGAAAUUUCGAAGCAUUAUCACGAUCAAUGGAUAAUUGAGAUUAAUCGUUGCUAGUUGGCUAACAAUAUUGCGUUAAUGGUUGGCUUAAGUUAUUUAAAGAAGCCUGGCGUCUGAUCUUUUGAGGCUUCUUCUCA